AUGGAAUCUUUUUUUCGUCGUAUGUCAUCAAUUGUUAGAAGAAAUAGCAAUAAAUCUACUGAUGCAGAUGAACAUGAUGAAGACGAUAAUCAACAACAAGAACGUUUUCGACAAAUACGUGAACGUCGACUUUCAGCGCCUGAUAUCCAUCGACGUACGAUGCCAGUUGAUCGAAUUCCAAUGGAAUCUGAUCAAAAGGCUACAUUAUUCGAACAAAUUAAUUCUCCAACAUUGACGGCACAAUCUAGUAGUAAUAUUCUUACUCGUAAAAAUUACAGAUCUAUAGUUGAAUAUAGUAAAACAAAAAAUUUUCUCUCUUAA